GUGGCUGUGAGAGACGCACAACAAAGAGUGGAACACUGUGGGCGAGAGAUGGCGAGGGAUGAAGAGCACAAGGGUUUGUUGUGGAAGCUUCCAGUCAUCAAAACCCAGCAACUCGGCAAGGUGGGUCCCGCCUUUGGCUUCGGCGUCGGCUGUGGUGUGGGAUUCGGCAUCGGCCUCCUCGGCGGCGUAGGAAUUGGUCCUGGUAUUCCUGGCAUGCAAGUUGCUUUUGGCGUUGGUGCUGGAUGUGGAGUUGGCUUAGGAUUCGGCUAUGGCGCUGGCAAGGGGGUUGCUCGUGAUGACAUCCGAAAGUACUCCAAUGUUGGCAAUCUCUUUUAUGGUGAAAAUGUUGGCAGUCGUUCUGGAAAUCCUACUUCCCAGGAUGAAAUAGGCGCUCUUGUUGACGAGCUUGUUGAUAAUACUAAGAAACUAGUCAGAGCUACUACAAGAGAGAUCGACAAGUGGAGAAAAUGAGUUAAGCAGCUUGCUUGCUGAGUUCUAGGGUACAUUUGAAUGGAUUAUGGGUUUAUGACUUGUUAAGAUUAUCUAGGGAUUGGAGUAUAUGUGGAAAUUAGGGAUAGAUUUUUUUGUGUGCAUGGCGAUUGACAUUGUCUAAGCAUACAAGUUGCUUAUGUUAUUUUAGAAGUCUGUUGGUUUAUCUGUGUACAGUACGGUUUAUCUGAAACUUUGGAAGAUGAAAUCAUGUCAUUCGGAUUGGAUCAAUAAUGGAUUCUGAAUUUCCUUUUA